AUCUAUUCCGUCCUUUUGACGAAUACCAUCCUGAGAGGCAAAUCCUCCCCGGUCCGCGUGAGCAAAAGAUCGCCCUGCUGCCUUGUCGGCCGGCCGAAGUCGGGAGUCGCAUGUUUCUUUGCACUUCCAUGUUCCCAAAAAAGGGCAUGGAAACUGACAAAAGCAAUUUUGACAGUCCGAGACCUGGCUUGUUCAGUCAUUUGGAGCAACUCAAUCAUCCCAUCGCUGUUAGCGCCAGCCCGUAUCUAGCUGCCCGAUGUUGCUUACCUUCGACAGAAUCUACUGACGGCAAGCUGGCCACGUUCAACCCCAAUAAUUUCCACAUCUUCAUCAUAGUCGUCAUUCUCAUCAGCUCUACGUUGGCUGGAGCUUCGCUUGACGAAGCGGCUCGAAUGUUGUGCCACCCCUUCAUUCCAUUUUUCCUCAGCCUGUCGCAACAGCCACAGGUUACGCGGACUGUAGCACAGGGGAUUUGGGGGCUGCUAUUUUCUUUUUUUCUUUGACAGGCCGUUGAUCUUUGCACUCUACCGUGACCACGUGCCCGCUGCCAUCCUGAAAGCCAUGAGGACUCUCUGUGGACUCGGUUGCUUCUCAUGUAACCCUACGGAAAUUGCACUUCAACUAGAUCACAACCCAAAUGCUACAAAGUGGAGGACAGUUGCUUUGAGAGGUAUCUUUGUGCAAAGCCACAGCUGACAGCCGCCACAGCUUGGCUCGUUGGCCAGCAUCAUCAUCAUCAAUAGGUCUCUUGUCUCUUGUACUGUGUGCAUGGUGUUGCGCGUACGGCGUAGCAGUCUUUGUUUAAUGUAGA